CGUGCAGCUAAUCAAGUCUGAGGAAGUCGUAGCAGCGGUAACUAUGAACCAGCAGGUUAGAGACACUGAGGCAGAUGUAGCUGUGGAGAAGCUCAAACAGAAAUAUCUGGAGAAGAAGAGGAAACAGCUGCCACCUUCAGAAGACGUUCCCUCAGGAACCAGUGAUGAAGCAGUACAAGGGCUCAUCUUGUCCCACAGACCCAGACAACAAAGCAAGGAGUUGAAAUGCUACAGCAAAGCUUUAAAUGAGCUGUUCAAAGCAGUUACCAACCACCCUGAACAGUUUGGUAGCGGUCAUAAUAGUCUGCAUGGGAGUAAUGAGGACCUGAGUGAGGACUUUGCAGCUGCCCCACUACAGGACUCUCAGCUGUUCACAGAGACAGAUGUGACCCUUCCAUCCUGUCUGGAUAAUAGCCCUGGGUCCCAUGAUACUGAGCCAGACCGAGAGUUGCAAAGACCAAUCAACCCUUUCCCUGACUCAUGCUGCUCCUCAUCCGUGGUACAAGUAAAGGUUUAUCAGGAAAUGAUGACCAUCUAUGAACAGCUAAAGGCAGAGCGACACGGCCAGCAGCAGUGGGAGAGGGAGCUGCAUGAACGAGAAAGAAGGCUGAAACAACAGGAGGAGGCUUUUGGGAGGCUGGCCGGAAUGGAAGAGCUGCUCCAUACUCGCAUACUGGCUGUAGAGGAGAAACACCAGCAGGAGCUCAGCCAGCUGCAGGAUCUUCUUCGAGAGAAGAGCAAAGAGAACAAGAGGCUCAAAUCCAGCUUUGACACCAUCAAGGAGUUGAAUGACAACAUGAAGAAACAGCUGAAUGAGAUCAGUGAACAGAAUAAGAAGUUGGAGAGUCAGUCCAAGAGGGUGCAGGCUCGACUUGAGAACCUUCAGAGGAAAUAUGAACACGGCAUAGCAUCAAGAGGUUGUCAGAAAGAGAGCAUCCAGAGCAUCCAGAGUAUUAAAUCAUCCAAAAAGGAGAGAGCUGCUGCCCCUGGAAGACCCAGCAUCAAGGGCAGCUCCAGUCCCACCUCACUAAAGCUCCUGGCACUUUUAUUGGACUGGGUCCUUGACAGACAGAUGUUCUCCUCAGUAGCAGGAAAUGAAGGGAAAGGUGUGGGGCAGUGUCUGCCUCCGGAGGCUGUGCUCAAUGACAGAUGCCUCAAGGUGCUGCCGUUAUUAGCAGAUCAGCUUCAUCACACACCUUUGUCCGAACCUGACCUCCUCCUCAACCUUCUCCGCCUCAUCCACUGGGUCUUGAGACACAUGGACAACAGCACACAACAUGUAGCCCUCUCUGCCACUCUGCGACGGAUAGGAGAGGAAGUGUCGAAGUCAACUGCUGUGCUGCAAGAUCCAGACCUGCCCAAGCCCUGCAGUGUGACUGCUGGACCGCUCAGGAACUGUCCCCUCUACAGGAGCACCUGUCGUCACACGCGUAUCCUCUCCACCCUCAUUAUCCUCCGCACCGUCACACAAGCUGACGUGUUGGCCCAGGCUCUGGACAGCCUCCACAGCGAGCUGACAACCGAGGAGGGCCGAGGCCUGUUCAUCCACUAUGGAGGAGUGUGUGUGCUACUCAUUGUGUUGAGGGCGGGCCGUGGCUCACACGCACCUAUAAACAUCCUGAUGCAGCUAACUGAACCGUCUCGCUACCUGAAUCCCUUCCUGGAGGCUUGUAGCUGUGAGGACUUUUUCCGAACAGCAUCCCAGCUCCUGAAACACCCUCGUCUGGAGCUCCCAUCACUGGAGAAGCUUUCUAUCCUUCUGCAGAAACUCUCCAGCGACAGGAAGAACCGGCGUCUGUUUGAGCUGAGCUCUCUCCACCUCCAGAUACAAGAGCUGCAUCACAAAACCGAUCCCACGCACACUUUCCUCUGCCUCAACCUUAGGUCCAUUCUCCACAACCUUAAAUAACACACAAACACACACACACACACACACACAUCUGCUGGAGUGGAGGGUUUCUUUAGAAGCUCAGAUUAAGUCCACCCCAACAGUAAUUGCUUUAUGUCCGACUGUAAAGUUCCUCUGCGCUCCGUGCCUCUCUAUAACGUACGCACACCCACAUUCUUUAUUUAUGUAGCAAUGUUUUUGAAGUUCUCUUGUCUGUCAAAAGUACUUUAACGUUGUGUAUGUUGUGAGCUUUGUGACUCCUCUUGUUUUCUGUGUCCUAGGAAUGCUAAUCUGAUGUUUUUGUGUUUUCUGUGGUGGAAGACCUUGUAUAAAAUGAGUGUCAUGCUUCUUAGGGGCCUUAAUGGGAAGAGACUGUGACUAGGAGGCAUUUUAAGGCAAUAAACAAAAAAGAACUAAAGAACAUUUAAGAUCGGACUGCAUAUAAAAAUGCCAAACUGCAUAUGUUUUGUAUCAACAUCUUAUUUGUUUGCAUGGGUGGGUUGAUGGGAGUAAUAGCCUCAGUAUGGGACACACUGGUUGUAUUGGUUGAUGGGGAGGGACUGGAACAAUCACAGCGGCUAUUUAAAAUAUAUUUAUAGAAAACCAAUGGGAAGUGCUUGACCACUCAGGAUUACAAAGGGUGACUUAACUUUUUAAGGCCCCGGAGUAUCUGUAUUCCAGAACCCAGUUAAAUUCUAAAAACUUUUUCAGGUCAGGGUUCUAAGAGGCUGGGAUUUACUGGAUAGUGUCUUUGGAUCCCUUUUAUUGUAGACUAUUUUAUUAAUUGUACUUGUACACUGCAAAGCCCUUGAAUUGAGCAGGAAUGCAGAAUUUUGAAAAUAUAACCCUGAAGAGUAAACAAAGCCAGUAUCACAUAAAUUCACAAUUAAUGAAAACGAACAUUUGAUGCAGGAAAAAGCUUGGUUCUGGGGGGAAAGAGUUAGAUUGAGAUUCUGUUGAGACUCGGGUCUAAAGAAAAGCUUUCUUUGAUUUUAGUUUACACAGGGUUCACACAUGCAUCUGUUAUUUAUAUCAGUUCUGUUAAAUAAAUUAUGCCUAAUGAGUUUGGUUGCAUAGAUUAUAUGUGUUUUUAAAGCAUUUGUUCGUGGCAGGAUUACACAAAAACAAUCUUGGUGUUGAAAAACAAUUGAUCCACUUCAGCUUUUCAAAAAAUGUGUGAAUUUCUCAAGUGCUUAUAUAAAUGAAUAGGAUUUUUUUGCAGAACUUGAUAAUAAAAAAGUAUUUUUAUUAUUUUUUA